GCAGCUGGCAUCGUCAACUGCGCCGCCUGCGCCCAGAGCGGAGCCUCCAACACGGUAACCUGUUUUCCUGGCGCGGCGAGGCUUUUUAUUUUAUUUUAAAUAAUAAUAAUAAUUAUUAUUAUUAUUAUUUUUUUUCCCCCAAUUAAUUUUUUUUAUUUUAUAGUCGUGAUGUAACCGUACACACCCAGCUGCGGAAAAUUAUAUUUCAUAGUCUGUUCUGUUGAGCCAACUGAUCAUAUACACUGAAAAGGGAGGGCUUAGCCGCAGAGAUGGGCAAGACUCAAGAGGCAGGCACGCUGCUGAACGGGGCUCCACCAGCAGCCCCCUCCUCCGCAGCGGAGGCACCGAAAGAGGGCAUGCAGCUGAAGAAGGAGAUCUCCCUGCUCAAUGGCAUCAGCCUCAUUGUCGGAAACAUGAUUGGCUCCGGGAUCUUCGUCUCGCCCAAGGGGGUGCUCAUCUACAGCGCCUCCUACGGGCUGUCGCUGGUCAUCUGGGCCUUGGGCGGAAUAUUCUCGGUGAUUGGGGCGCUGUGCUAUGCCGAGCUGGGCACCACCAUCACUAAGUCAGGAGCCAGCUACGCCUACAUCCUGGAGUCCUUCGGGGGCUUUGUCGCCUUCAUCCGCCUCUGGACGUCGCUGCUGAUCAUCGAGCCCACCAGCCAGGCCGUCAUCGCCAUCACUUUCGCCAACUACCUGGUGCAGCCGCUCUACCCCACCUGCGAGCCGCCCUACUCUGCCUCCCGACUUAUUGCUGCUGCCUGCAUUUGCUUGCUGACGUUCAUUAACUCGGCCUACGUCAAGUGGGGCACCAGGGUGCAGGACAUCUUCACAUAUGCCAAAGUUCUAGCCCUCAUAGUCAUCAUCAUCACGGGCAUCGUGAAGCUUGCUCAAGGGCACGCUGUAAAUUUUGAGGCGUCCUUCCAGGGUUCAUCCUGGAAUGCUGGAGACAUCGCCCUGGCUCUGUACUCUGCCCUCUUCUCCUACUCCGGCUGGGACACACUGAACUUUGUCACAGAAGAGAUUAAAAACCCAGAGAGAAACUUGCCGCUGUCUAUUGCCAUCUCCAUGCCAAUCGUCACUGUCAUCUACAUUCUGACCAAUGUGGCCUACUAUGCUGUUCUGGACAUGAGCUCUAUUCUCGCCAGCGAUGCUGUUGCGGUGACAUUCGCAGACCGCACGUUGGGUGUGAUGAGCUGGACCAUCCCCAUUGCGGUUGCGCUCUCGUGCUACGGAGGUCUCAACGCCUCCAUUAUCGCUGCCUCCAGGCUGUUCUUCGUGGGCUCGCGCGAGGGCCACCUCCCCAACGCCCUCUCCAUGAUCCACGUGGAACGGUACACGCCUAUCCCUGCACUCGUUUUCAAUUGUGCCAUGGCGCUCUUCUACCUGACUGUGGAGGACGUCUUCCAGCUGAUCAACUACUACAGCUUCAGCUACUGGUUCUUUGUGGGCCUCUCCAUCGCUGGCCAGAUCUACCUUCGCUGGAAGGAACCUGACCGACCAAGACCCCUGAAACUCACUCUCUUCUACCCCAUUGUAUUCUGCAUCUGCACCGUGUUCCUGGUGGCCGUGCCGCUCUACAGUGACACCAUCAACUCCCUCAUCGGGAUCGCCAUUGCCCUUUCUGGCGUACCAGUGUACUUUCUGGGCGUCUACCUGCCGGAGUCGAAGCGACCGCCCUUCAUCACAUCACUGCUGCGGACCAUCACACACUUCACCCAGUUCACCUUCUUCUGUGUGCUCACCGAAAUGGACACGGAACACUAACCCUUUGCCUCUGCACGACCGCCUGGCCUUCACCUCGGUUACCCGGCAGCCUCUGCUGCUCUCCUUCAGCCACAAUGGACGGACACACACGGUGCCUGCUCAGAACUGAGGCGUCGCCGUGGUUAAAAAGGGAGCCUUAAAGCCACUGCGCCGCCUCUCUUUAGCCUUCCCCCAGCACUGCAGCUGCGGUCAGCGUGUAGGAACACCCCGCCACCAUUUUUCAACUCGCAGUGCCCCUCUGUGGGAAGGUGCCGUGCAGACCGCACGGGGUCCUGCUGGCCCGGACUCUGCUGUGGAGACUGGAUAGUGUGGGGCGCUGCAGUACUGGCACACUGCCACCAGGGGGCAUGUUGGCCCUGGACUCUCCUGAGGUUAGUUAUACAAAGGGGCUGUUUAUAUAAGGGUUACGUUCAAGGUGACGGUGCUGUUUUUGUCAUAAGAAAUCUUUGUGCCAGAGGGAAACGCUGGGGAUUGUCUUUAAGCGAAGAAGCAAGGCUUGUACUCAUGGGGAGGUGAUUGCACUUUGUCUGCACGUACUGGGAAGAUGAUGGACAGGUUCCCAAAAGGACCGCUGUCCAACCUCAAGUUAGACUACGUUUUCAGCCCACGCACAAGCACUACCAUAGGGAUGGUUUUCUUUUUGUAUUUUCCUCAAGUCAAGAAAGAACUUUUAGUUUUUGUUGGUAAAUGGUUCAAAAGCUGUUUAUUGGGAAUUUUUCUUAGCUGAACUCUUACUCCCUGAAAAUACCUGCUGUGCAUCGUUUCAGGUGUGUCAGUCUCAUUUUUAGGGUCUGUAACAGUGUGCUAUUUGUCGCUUUUUUUAAUUAAUCCAGAUAGUGCCGUCAGUGUUACAUGUCACCAAAGCACAGGAGAGAGAUGGCAGGGAAUGUGGGGACUGAUUAGUUGAGCAUCUCAGACAGCAGAUUUUUAUCAAAUAUAUCAAAAUAUACUAAAAAUGUAUUAAUACAAGUUAAUUUUUUGUAUCUACCCUGUAUUUCUUUUGUGUCUCUUACUGUGGUGUUAUGAUACACAAAGUAUUCAGGACAUGGGAGUCAAAUGCAAAUGACUUUUCCAAAGCAUCACCAGAAUUGGGACUAUAUAUCAAAUGAAAGGGUUAGUAAAUUUGCACGGUAAAGCUCCAAGUAAACAUGGCAAACCGGCUAAAAGCAUGCUUGAAAACAGAUUUUAGUACUCCAGUUUUCAUGGGGUUGUAACACACAACACGGAUAAACAGUGUUAUCUGCUGAAGCAGUGAUGGUAAGAGUGUCAGUUUGAUGGAAGAGAGAAGCUUUCAGUCUGAUAAGCACCACAAGAGGAACAUCUCGCUGGUUUUGUGGUUGUGAAACUCAUCUCUUGGCCUGCACGCAACUCGUUGUCCAGGCGACCUUUUUGUAGAUCUGCUGUGUCCUUGAGUCGAAAGCUCUUGUAGUCUUUGGCACUGGUUCUGCUUUUGAAAGACACUUAGAUCCUUUACGUGUAAAAAUUUAGAAAUGGGUACAGUAGUUAAAACCUGUUGAGUGCAGCUUCACCGCCCAGAGACGGUACCUGGGUAUGUUUCUGGCAUCCACUGUCAGCCAAGGGAAGGGAGAGCAGGAGAGGUAGGAAGUGGGGGCAUUUAAACAGGUCAAACACCUGAAUGAGCUGCAAUGGUCAGUAGGCCCUAGCUGCUCAUCUGGCAGCAGGGAGUUAGUUCUCUGAGCAAGAUAUGGCCAUAGCACAAUCCAGGAGCUAGAUGGAUGGAGUAGUGGAUUUGAUCUUCUACAUGCUGUCAAGAAGAAAUGUGCUGGAAUUUUGUAAUUAGAGGUCAGGGUUUACGGUGCAGAUGAUGCCAGGUCUCUUGGGAGUUACAAUCAUAUAACUUGCAUUGAUGCUGUGUUCAUAGUGAGGUGAAGUGCAGGUUAUCUCUACCUUGCGGGGGUCCAAGUGUCAAAGGUGUGAAGGAAAGCUGGAGUUGUGUGUCAUCAGUAUAGUAAUGACAUCAGUUGUUGGAUGUGACAGAUCCAUGAGAUCCUCACCACUGAAAGAGGUGAGGACCCAGUACUGAUCCUUGAGGGACCACUGCGGCUUGUGGCUAAGCUCUGGGAUAAAAGCACGUUAAGGUAGUGAGAGUGAGAUGUGUCCAGAGGGGAGUAUAAUAUGUAAGUGGACAUAUUAUAUUGUAUAGUAAGUGGUGUGUGUGUGAGAGUUCCAGUGUGUAGUGUCGACUGCGUUGGCUGUCCUGAUGAGUCCGCAGUGCCCCCGGUCUUGGGAUGUCGCACUCUGGAAGUGGCGGAGCUCUUCGCUUCUAGUGUCCUGGGUGCUCAUGGGAAAGAUGUGGCACAGCUGGAAGGUGUGACCGUUGAAAUGGUCCCAUGAGCAGCGUAUUCUGAUGCGCCGUAGGUGUCUUGGAGAAGCGUGAGGUAAAGUGACGAUUGUCGAUCGAUGUUUAGGUUUAUCGUUUUGUACAGUUUUUUCAUCUUUAGUUUUUAUCUUUACUGCUCAUUUCCAGCUCCUUCAGGGUUAUGUACAUUUUUUUACCUCUUAAAUUUUGUAAUUGAAUAAAAUGCUUUGAGAUUCUAAUAAAUGUCAUAAAUCCUUAAU